AUGCUAGAUUCUCCUCUCUCUGGGAGCCUUAAAGACUACGACAGAACACUAACGACAUCUGUCCCAGAGUUGAGUAGUAUUUUGGCAAUUCAAAAUUUUGAACAAUUCUUUUUAAUUGGAAUUUCCCCAAAUAAAACACAAUCAGAUUCACCGCAGGUAUUGAUUGCAUACCCACCAUAUCAAAUCCCAGAAUUAAACCAUAAACAAAUAAUAGAGCAUGCAUUACCAUACGGUACAAACAGAAGAAAAGUUAAAUCUGGUAAUUACGUGAUUCAAGAAGAAUUUACAUUUGCUCUAAGAUAUGGAGAGUCUGAAAUAUAUGGUACUACUGCAGUGUUUUAUUCCAAUUCUUCAGAUUUACCUUUCUUUAUGUCUAAAUCAACAAAAAACACGUUAUUUGCUUUUGUAAUUUUAUCGAGAAUACCAACUCUUUCUACUCACUUUUCAUUCUUAACUUACUUAGUUUUGUUGAUUACCGGAGGAAUUCCAAAAUUUAAGGUUCUCAGCGAAGUACAAGACCUUCCUAUAACACAAGGCCCUCCAAUACCAGAUAUGGAAGUAAAGGAUUCCAUAGCCUAUUAUAGCACUUUGCAAAUUCCAGAAAAUUUUUCAAGAUUCAUUCACAUUUAUCACAAGUGCAUACCAGGAAUGAAUCCUAUGGAUAUCACAGAUAAAUUAAAACUACAUUUUCAAACAAACGAUGACACUUACGCGAUUUUAUAUACAGCGUUAGAUACAGUUUGUUCCAUAUUGGAACCGAAAAUGAUUUUAGAUGUUUUGUCUGCCUUAUAUUUAGAUUAUCAAAUACUCGUAAUCGGAUCCUGCCUCGAAGAAGUUUCAUUAACAGUUUUAGCGUUCGUACACCUCAUCGAUCCUAUGAAGUACUCCGGAAUAGUAAUGCCAGUGCUACCGCAAACAGAUGAUUACCUCGAUAUCUUGCAAGCUCCUACUCCUUAUAUAAUUGGAACGAUACCGAGCGACAAACUCUUAAAAUUAGACUUUUUAGAUACUACAGUAUUCGUAAAUCUCGAUACAAAGACAGUUGAAACAGGAGAAGACAUGCCUCACUAUCCAAAUGCAGAAAAUAUCGCGAAAGAAUUAAAGAAAGAAUUUUCUGAAAAAAACAAACCGCAAUAUCUAUACGCAUUCCAAUCAGAAUAUCUUACCCACUUAAAACAUAAAUAUCUAUUUACAUCUCAAAAUGUGAACAGAAUCGUUAGAAUUUUACGAGCACCAUUGGAAAAUGUUACAACAGACUUUAUAUACUCUUUCUUUGUUACAGAUCUUGACAGAGAAGAUUCUUCCACAAUUUUUAAUAGAGAAUUAUUUUUAAUGAUGAUGCCUCAAGAGCCUUUCUUCAAAGGAAUACUCAGUUCUCAGACUUUUGAACAGUGGACAUCGCAGAAACUCGACGAAUUCAUGAUACUUAAAGGAGAAGAUAUUAAGAAGAGAAAGAAGAGAGAGAGACGUAGUACUUUGAGCGUAAGACAGAGGAAACUUUCGGUCAAAGUUCUUGGAAUUUAA